AUGGCUUCACGGUACGGCUUAUGGGAAGUCCCCAACCCGGGGCACUCCUACGAACACCACAACAUCGUCAAGGUCUUGAUUCCCAUAUCCGUGGUUGGAUGGCUGCUCUUCGGGGCGAUAUGCAUCUUGUGCAUCAAUGGCCGCGGACGGGCCGGUCGAUGGGUCCCGGAGUGGUAUCUCGAUUCCGAGGGAAAGCGCUGGGACAAGGCUGCCGUGGGAGCGUGGUGGCUCGCGGUUCUGUUUGGGUGGCCGUUGAUUCUACCCGGCGUGGUUGUAGGGUGCCUGUCGAGGAAGCUGAGGAUGUGGCGCGCGGAGAAGAAGCUGAAGACGCAGAAAUCGGAGAAGGAGCUGGAGCCAGACGACAAGGUAUGA